AUGUCCCUGCGCCAAAAGCUCGCCGCCCGUGGCUUUUGUUAUCAACUUAUGGCCCGACCUUUGUUCCUGUUGGCAAACCAGGAGGAGGACGGCAGGUACUUCAAUACACUCCCCGCACCACUCAUCUCUCCAACCGCACGUCUCAUCCGUCUGUUAUGGCCUGAUCUUCAUCCUGGGUCAGCUACAGGGAGGAGACUCGGGGACUACAAACACGAAGAAUUUUGGUCCCCUUCGAUGGUCUACAGCCCCACGUCACUUGCUUUGCCCCCUCCGCCUCUUGACUCUCGCACACUCAUGUGGACUCGCUCCCAAUUGUUUUCGGACCUCGUUCACGCCAAUACAUCAACAUCUCGCGUUUGGGACUGCUUCUGCAUGGGUCCGAAUGCGUUUUUCCAAAUUGCAGCUGCUUGUCUGAAAGAACGUGCUGGCCGCAUGCUGCAAGGAAACUCAUACAAGCGGGCUGCAAGCAGUGUCCAGGAUGUAUGGCUGCAGGCUGCAAGAUUAUAUGUUGAUAUGCCCUUCGUGCAUCCCCAACUUCGUUCGGCUAUGAAACAGCUCGAAACAUCUGAGCGCGCCAGAGCCUUCCUUCACCAGGCCUCGAUGGCGCUUAGUGAUGCAAUUUCGAACCUCGACGAGAUAUCUGCUCGAAAGGGGAAAGACGCCGAUAUUGCCCGCUGGGAGGCCGAGCUUCGUAAAUCGCUUGCGAAUAAGAAGGGUGGCGCGACAGCUACGCCGUCAAAGCAAGCUCAAGCACUCGUACAAGCACAGCUGGACAAGGAAGAAAUUGUGCGGCAGCGAGUCGCCACUAUCAAACUCAAUCUGCAACGAGGGCUGUCAUACAUUCAAAGUUUAGCGUCCAUCAAUGUCCCCGAGUUGCGCAUGUAUGUUUCCUUCAUUUUAUCGCUCUUGUUGGAGGGAGCUAUGGGUCAAGGAUCGAGGCUUGUGGGGUCACAAGCAUUUGAAACUUGGACCUCGCCAAGUGCUGCUCAGCACGUUUGGAUUCUUUCCAUAAGUGCGUUGCUGAAGGGUAGGGUAGACGCCGGGCAAGAUGAUGGUGAUGAAGCACUCGAGCAAGUAACUCUCGUGCUCGAUAUCAUCAGAUUUCACUGCAGCGAAUUUUCGGAUGCAGCAUUUCCCAGAAAAGCAACUAUGGAGUACGUCCUCCAAGUCAUAAAGCAUCAGCCGCGACUUAGCAAGGAAGCGUCAUCUGUUCUCAUUGACCUCGGAGAGGCUGUGCAGCCGAACGCGACCCGCGAUGAGGUUGGUGUGCUCAUGGAUGGCACACUAUUGCAAGAGGUCUACGUCAGGAACGCUCGUCUGCAAGCCAUCCAGCCAUUCGAUUUGACUGAUCUUGAUUGGUCUCCGCAACAUUGGGUAGCCUGCCACGAUGACGAUGAGCAGAAUGUCCGUCUCGCCAAACACUUGUGGGAGGAUAACGGCUUGGAUGUUCCAGAAGACUUCCUUGACAAGCUCAUGAACUAUCUGGAGCACAACAAUGCGUACGUUCGAACCAGCGCGGUAUCGGCCAUCGCGGAGGCUGUGAUUUAUUGGCCUCGAAAGAGCGCGCUGACCAUAGCUGCUCUACAAGACUUCUGCCGGGAGAAGGCUAAAAUCCUUGCACCCGAGUUCGAUGAAUAUGUUAGUACCAUAUUAAACUUUCCGAAUGUGAUUCUUAUUCGGUGCACAGGGCAUGAUUAUUGCUUCUAG